GAUGUAGAUGAGGCCAGAGGGCGCGCAGUAGCCGUCCCGUUGCUUUUCUCAUCGCUUUUUCCCGUGAUGAGCUCCAAAAAGACUCCGAUGAGUCCGAUUGGUCUCACGGACCAACCGUUAACCGGUGCGCGUCGCGUGCGAGGUAAAGCGGCGACCAACAAUUGGCCGAGGUGGGUUUUUUUCCUAAAGGGGCGUAUUUUUUUAAGCCAUCUUGACUGAAUAUUUAGCCUCAUCCUAGGUACUUUAAAUUGAUAUCUUCGGGAUUUCGCCGUCCCAGAGUUUCCCACCGCCGUCGUUCCAAAGGCUGAAGUCGCGCCAAUGAAACCGGGCGGAGUUCGUGUGCCGAAGCGGAGCGGCGGCGGAGAAGCGGGCCGCUGAAGAUGACGCCGCUAACGGCUAGCAUGUCCGCCUCGGUCGGAGUCUGUCACUAGCUGACAUUUAGCCAGGUGCAGUUUUUCCUCCCCUUGCUUGGCACCGCAGAGGACGGUUCAUCAAGGGACAUACAAGUCACGUCACAGAGUGCUUAGAGGGACCAAUAGGAAGAGAGCAGAGAUAAACGCAUAAAGCAGGAGUAAAGUCUCAUGCGGAGGCUGAAGAGGUGGGAAUGUGAGACGACUGCUAGAGGACUCAACAUGGGAAGGGGUCGAGGCAGGGGGAGAGGAAGAGGCAGACAGGCGGGUCAACCGAGGCCUCCCUCGCCUUACCGAUUGCAGCUCUCCCCAUCCAGGGAGACUCUGACGUAUGCUCAGGCCCAGAAAAUUGUGGAAGUGGAUCUCGAUGGAAGACUCCAUCGGAUUAACAUCACAGAUCCUCUCCCGGUCAUCACAGAGGAUGAGAUGAUGGCUCAGGACAUUGCAGAGUGCAACAGUAACAAGGAGAACAGUGAGCAAAUGCAAGGUAAAAACAGAUCAUGGAGGAAACCUUCUAACAACAAGAGCCGAAGGAGUGGUAAAAAUACAUCUCAGCAGAACCAGCGGUCUGGCUCACAGCAGCAAACAGGAUCUUCUUGUUCGUUCCAGCAUCCAUCCCACCAAACCCCCCUGCCGGAGCCCACCUUCCGCGAACUGAGCUCCGUUUCCCCCUGUGAAGCGCCUCCGCUCCCGGCGGCCUAUUACCGCUACAUAGAGAAGUCCGUGGAGGAGCAGGACAAUGUGGCUGAGUACGACAUGGACGAGGAGGACCUGGCUUGGCUGGAGAUGGUGAACCAAAAGAGGGUGUGUGACGGCCAUGCGUCUGUGUCUCCAGACACGUUUGAGCUUCUGAUCGACCGCCUGGAGAGGGAGUCCGUCCUGGAGUCACGCAGCCAGGCUUUAUCUCAGAACGCAGUCGAUGAGGACGCCUUCUGCUGCGUCUGCCUGGACGAUGAAUGUCUGAACAGUAACGUCAUCCUGUUCUGUGACAUCUGCAAUCUGGCCGUCCACCAGGAGUGCUACGGUGUGCCCUACGUACCUGAAGGCCAGUGGCUGUGCCGCUGCUGCCUGCAGUCCCCCUCCCGCCCUGUAAAUUGUGUACUUUGCCCCAACCGAGGAGGUGCCUUCAAACAGACGAGCGACGGACGGUGGGCCCACGUCGUCUGUGCCAUAUGGAUCCCCGAGGUAUGCUUUGCCAACACGGUGUUCUUGGAGCCCGUUGAGGGGGUGAAGAACAUCCCCCCAGCGCGCUGGAAGCUCACGUGUUACCUCUGCAAGCAGAAAGGCAGGGGAGCUUCCAUCCAGUGCCACAAAGCGAACUGCUACAGGGCUUUUCAUGUGACCUGCGCCCAGAAAGCCGGACUAUUCAUGAAAAUAGACCCCGUCCGAGAGACCGGCGUCAAUGGCACCACCUUCUCUGUGAAGAAGACAGCUUUCUGCGAGAAUCACUCCCCUGUCGGGUCUCGGCGGGACGCGUCUGGGGAUGAGUCUGUGGAAGGAAGACUGGUGGGGGGCCGGGGCAGUCGGGGACAGAGGUCAUAUACUCAGAGCCCACCAUCACCAACCAACAAGAAGCCAACCAAAGGCCAGAAGAAGAAGAACACUAAAGGGUCUGGGUCGACACGGCGUUCGAAUGUUCCUGUGCUGCUAGUGCCUCAGAUCCCCUCUCAUAGGCUAAACAAGAUCUGCACAGGAGUUGAAGUACAGAGGAAAAAUCAGUUCAUGCAGAGACUUCAUAAUUAUUGGUUACUGAAAAGACAGUCGCGAAAUGGCAUGCCUUUAAUACGCCGACUUCAUUCCCAUCUACAGACUCACAAGGCUGCAGAGCAGAAGGAACCCGAUGAGAAGCUAAGUGCUGCGAGAGAGGAGUUACGGUACUGGCAGAAGUUGAGGCAAGACCUGGAAAGAGCUCGACUUCUAGUGGAACUCAUCCGCAAGAGAGAGAGGCUUAAAAGAGAACAGAUGAAAAUCCAGCUGGCUGCCCUUGAACUGUCGCUGACUCCUGCACAGGUGCUUCUUAAAUCCACUUUGGACCAAUUACAGGAGAAGGACUCGGCCAAAAUCUUCUCUCAGCCAGUCAAUCUGUCAGAGGUCCCAGAUUACCUUGAGUUUAUAUCCAAACCCAUGGACUUCUCAACAAUGCGAAGCAAACUGGAGGGACACGCCUACUGCUCCAUCGGAGACCUGGAGAAGGACUUUGAGCUGAUGAUUUCCAAUUGUCUCAAAUACAACUCCAAGGACACUUUGUUCCACAAGACGGCCUUACAGCUGAGGGAAGUGGGGGGAGCCGUUCUGCGUCACGCUCAGAGGCAGUAUCAGAGCAUCGGCCUUGACCCCAGCACUGGCAUGCAUCUGCCUGAGGCACCGAACAAACACGGCUUCUAUCAGUGCACAUGGGAGGAUGUCGACUCUCUGCUGGACCCUGAAAACAGACUGCAUUUAACCACAGAGGAGCAGCUGAAGGCCUUACUGGAGAAACUGGACAUGGUGACGUCGAUGCGAACGAGCGGUGGCCGCACCAAACGCAUCCGGCUGCUGCGCCGGGAGAUUAACACUCUGAGGCAGAAGAUGAGCCAGCAGCAAAACGUUCAGCCUGUCAACGGAAAUAACAAGGAUGAUGACGAUGAAGAGGAGGAGAAGAAGAAGAAGAAGAAGAAUAAAGAGCAGAAGGAAAAAAUAAAGAAAAAAGACAAGGUGGACAUUGAUACUGAGCCUUUGUCUGAUGUGCCAAACUCUGGGUCAGAUGACUCGCCGCCCGUUCUUGAACUCACCUGUCCGGUAUCGUCACCUCUACCAGGAGACGCUCCCCUGGAACCACCUGUCCUGGGCAUUGUAAUCGGAGGUCAGAGGUCACCUGGGCGCUCCUACAAGCGUCAGAGGUCCUCGCGCAGCGGCAGCAAAAGCCAAGGUGAGGAUGAGGCCGAAGUUGGAGAAACGCCGUCUUCCCAACCAGAGGCUGUUCACGAGGUCACGCCGCUCGGCUCGCCUCCGGCUCUGCCACCGGUUGGAGUCGGCCGGCGCACGUCUGUGUUGUUUAAGAAAGCUAAAAACGGGGCAAGAAAAAACAAGUCGUCCCAGUGGCAAAAUGGGAAAACAUCUGAAGAGAAGACCAACGGGCUGGACAGCGCUGCCAUCGAUUCAAAUUCCCCCAGUGAGAACAUCACCGCCUUACCUCCUACCCCCAACGCCUCUCCCGCCCCCUCCUCUCCUUCCUCACACCAUCUGAGGUCCAGAGGCCCCAGCUCCGAGAGCGAACAUGACAAACCAACUGCAGCCCCCAAAGAAGAAGCACUGACUAAUGGAAAGCACACGUCUGGAAACCAAGAUGAUGGUGCUGAUGAUGAGGAGGAGGAGGAUGAAGACCCAAACCUAACUGCUUCCCCUCCCAAACGCAGUCGAGGUAAGCCAGCUUUGGCUAAGGUUCCCAGCAAAGAAAAUGGAGACAUCUCCAGCUCUGGGAAGUCUGCGCUUCUGUCUUUAGAUAGUGAGACCGAACUUUCACCACUGGACUUGGUUUGGGCGAAAUGUCGAGGAUACCCGUCGUAUCCAGCAAUGAUCGUUGACCCUGACAUGCCUCAGGAAGGACUGCUCCACAACGGCAUCCCCAUCCCAGUGCCUCCUGGAGAGGUGCUCAAACUGGGGGAAUGGAGACACACUGACGAAGGCCACAAGCUCUUCCUGGUGCUCUUCUUCGACACAAAGAGAACUUGGCAGUGGCUCCCUCAAAACAAGCUGCUGCCGCUGGGGAUGGAUGACACUGUAGACAAGCUGCGCCUGAUGGAGGGCAAGAAACCCAGCGUUCGCAAGUCGGUCCACACGGCGUACGACCGCGCCAUGGUGCAUUUAAACCACGUGAGACGAAAUCUCAACUUCACUCCCUCCAAUUUUAUAUAAAGUUUAUUUAAAAAGGAUUUUAUCAUCUUAAACAAGCUGUUUGCAGGAAGCAGCUCUUUUAAAGUUCUUAAAACAGUUACAGCUGAUGGUGUUUGGAGGUUUGCUAUGCUUGGAUUUGGUAGAGGUUCCAUAAAUGUUUUUCAUGAAUCAAUUUGUUAAUUAUUUUCUAUGUACAUUUUUAAAAAUUGAGUUUUCCACAACCACUGUUGCUGUGUGUUGAUAUGAAGUUUGUGCAUCAGGCCAAAGUGGGUGGAGACCAGAUAGAGAGAUACGUGUCAAAGGGAUUGUUUAUGGUUCCAAACAUAUUUAGAUUGUAUUUGCUCUUGAAAUGUCACUGUGUAUGAUGAAGUGUGAAAGUUUCACCUUAGCAGGCGUUUCACACCUGGACUUGGAGUUUUACGCGCAGCUGAAACCAGAUAUUUACAUACACUGGACUCACUGACGUUAAAUAAGACUAAAUAAGACUUCGCCUUAUUGGACGAUCAGUUUGUGCCACAGCUUUAAAUUCCUGCCGGAUGUCUUAAGAGGUUGCUUCAAUAUUUCUAAAUAAUGUCCCUCCUCAUGAUGGGGUAAAACACCCCCACAUCAUGGUGCUGCCACCGCCGUACUUCACUGUUGGAAUGGUGUUAUCAGAUUUGUAAUCUGCCCCUUCUUACCCUUCGUCAGACAGCAGGACUUUGACCUUUAAUCUAAACUGUAGUUUAGCUUUUUUCAUGUUGCUCUUCAAGUAAUGGCUUCUUCCUCUCUGCGUGGCUUUUCAGGGAUAGUUUCACUGUGGAUAGCGACACUUUUAUCAGCUUCUUUCGGCUUCUUCACCAGAGGAAACCGGAGAAGGUCAGUCAGACAGUGAGGAGUAUGUAAAUAUCUGGUUUCUGUGGAGGCCACCAAACAUUUCCUUUAAAUCUUUGUGAUUUUCUAAAUAUAAAGUCAUCACAUUUUUAUCAUUUUUUUUAAAACUCAUUCUUUUAUUCUAGGUUUAUUUUUAUUAGCUUUUAAAAUUCUUCAAUUCCAGCUGAAAUUAUUUUUGUCCCAGCUGACAGUGCCAACAUUUUUGCAACUUUUAGGUCCAGUUUUGAGACGCUUUUGGUGAAACUUUGUUCGUGUUUGAUUAUUUUCCAUAUUGUGAAACUGUAAUAUGACAGUAGACUGAGAGCGGUCGGCGCAGAUACCACUACAGCGGUGAUUCAGGAAAGCGAUUACACACCGGUGAAGAACUUUGCUAGUAAAUCUGGCUGGAAAGACUUGAAAAGCACAAAUGGUCUAGUUUUAAUAAAAUCUAUACGAUUGGUGUUUCCUGAAGCCAAAUAUGUGGCAAAACCUACUGCGUCUGUUCAUGUACAGCUGAUACAUCUAUGUAUACAAUCUCAGUGUGGUAAAAGUGCAUGUGUAUAGUUUUGUAAAUAUGUAAAAGUAUGUUUAUAUUCGCUUACAUGAAGUAAUUUAAGGAAUGCAAAAAUCAAAUAUAGAAUUUAAUUUAUAAUUUGUUGCCGUAGAGGGAGUUAUUUAAAAAACUGAAUUAUUGAAAAGAUUUAUGUAUGACGCUGAGUAGCUCUUUAUAGUAGAGACGGUGUUUUACCAACAUGUCAGCAGAAAACGCGGUGACACACGACUGUAGACAGCAGACUACAGAUUGUUUUCAUUUUUCUCGGUGGCACAGAUGUUUUUGAUCUUGUCAUUUAAAGUCUACCGCAAGAUCUAUUGUCUGCCUGAGACAAUAUUUUCUCACAGGAAUAAACGCUGUUUGAAACAAC